CAGAGUGGCGUUAUUUUAUUGUCCCUUCGGAUUCUCAGCGUCAGAAUGAAUCGGCAUCAAGUCCUCACAGGGGCAUGUAACUAUGGGGAUCAGUGUUUUGCUGUUGGUAGCGUCGAAGGUGUCCAUUUUACCGCUUAUGCAACGGGCUGUGAUAUAGUGAUAUUGGCCAAUGACUUUCAGCGGGUACAGAUUAUUCCAGGCGUGACCCACGGCAAUAUCAAGGUCAGCUGUAUCGACUGUUCGACCGAUACAGGGAAGGUUGCAGCCUCCUAUCACACUAAGGUGUACAUAUUUGAGCCUACUCCACUGAUUCAUCAUGACAGUUCACAUAAACUUGACUAUAAGUGGUUCAGGACUGCAGUGAUUACGACUGACAGCUUUGUCAACUGCUUGAGUUGGAACCUUGAUGGUUCUAAACUGCUGACAGGAGGGGACCAGAUCCAGCUAUGGGAGCACUCACUCACCACUGUACAGCCAGAGGCUCAGGGUCCCAUACGCUUCCACGUGGGGGAGACAGUGCCUGAGGAUGAGGUGUUGGAGUCCCACAGUGCCCCCGUGUCACCCCCACCCUCUGAUGAGGACAAGGGCAAUGUCAUGGGGGGCUGGGGAGUGGCCUGGUCAUGCCGACCAGCAACACCUGUGUUCCAUCUUAAGUUUUCCCCAGAUGGCCUGCUCUUUGCCUCUGCAGGACAGGCUGACAGACUGGUUAAAAUCUGGUAUGAAAAUAGAAAAUUACAGCUGACCGAGUCUGUCAUCAGACAGGAGAGCUUUCUUAGUCCCCGGACCAAUGAGUACAACUUCUCGUUUGUGUACAUCUCCCACCCCAGGGCUGUGACAGGCUUUGACUGGAGGCAGACCAGCAAAUACAUGCCCAGAGGUGCUCUUGCCAACAUGUUGGUGACAUCCUGUAAGGAUAACAUUUGUCGUAUUUGGAGCGAAACGAUCCUUCCUGAUGACGGGCUGGUGAAUUUAGAACAGCUUGACCCCAGCUUUGUCCAUGACCCCAAAUUUCACACUCAUCGUCACAAAAAACGCUUCAUGCAUCGCUUACGUCACAUCAGACAUUCAAUUCACAAGCGAAAGAAACAAACACGAGUGGGCCCUCCCAAUGUGAUGAGCCUGCCCAGCAUUACAAGCUCUGCCUCUAUCCACGACUUCCACAAGUUUGGCUUUCACCAGAGUGGCCUGGCACCUUCCUUUCACUUCCAUCUCGCUGCUAGCAUCAACCCAGAGACAGACAUUCCUCUGCUGCCUACUGUUGGGGGUCGAGGGCACAUAGUGGAGACAGAUUUCCGUCUUCACUGGCUGAACAACAAAGAGCUUCAGUUUUCCAUGGAGGCUGAGACAAUUCUGCAGGAAUUACACAGGAAAUCAAUCCUGGAGGAGGGUCCAGAGGUUGAGGGUCAGGCUGGGGAGGAGGUCGAGAGCCCCAUGGAUGAUACCCACUCUGAUGACCUCGUGAACUUUGGGGACGGAGCAGAUGGGAAGAGUGAGCAAGAUGAACACACAGAGUCAGAACCAGAACCAGUAACUAAAAGAAAAAGACCAAAGCUGUUUAAAAGAUCAUCAAGGUCACAGAGUUCAAGGAGUUCAGACAGUCGAGCAUCAGAAAUGAACCGGUCGCUUUCCAACCCGGAGUUUUCAACAGAUGAGCAGGACCCAGACAUAGGAGCCACAGCGGCUGCUGAGGGUGUUGGAGUGGAUGAAUUGGACAGGAAGAUUGAGGGGUUGUUACGGGACUGGCACCAGUGUCCUGACAUGCUCUACAGUAUACACCCAGUGGACGGAAGCUUUCUCGUGUGGCUUGUUGAUUGGCUGGAUGAGUUCACACCAUUCUGUUUCCGUCAAGCUCAGGUGAGCUUUUCCUCGCGCAUUCCGCAUGCAUUUCCUGUUCCUGACUCACGUAGCAUGGCAGCCAACCUGAUGAUGUAUUGUAACUACAGCAAAAUGGACAUCAAGUCAGCCAUGAAAAUGAGUGAAAGUCGCAGUAUUUUAGACUACAACAAACUUAACGCCAUUCCGACCAUGUCAAAGUAUUCGCUACAUAAUACCAACAUGUUAAUACCACACGUAUCUAUAGUGUCAAAACAUGUGAAUGGGACAUUGAACCAGUGGCAAAUUAGCUUUGCGGAGAACUCGAAAUUUGCAACAGUACUAAGUGUAGCGCACGUGGCGCGUGCUUGUGGUCACCGUUUCCGCACGAACACGGCAGCGUGUCAUCCUGUGUUACCUCUACUGCUUACCACCUCCCAUCAUAACAUUCCCGAAUACGACGAUGGAACUGAGACUCCAGUGGAAAAAGCCAAGGGUCGGGAGAGUGACCUUAUAGGUGGUUUUAACUUCUGUAGUGAAUUGAUUCUGUGGCGAGUGGACCCUGUAGGCCCGCUCUCCAAGUCUGGGGGCAUUGUGGAACUGGCCCGCAUCAACUCUCCCAACAUCUCAGCAUUUUCUAACGUAGCCUGGAUACCAACAUUACUACCCAGCACCACACUAGGCUCAUAUAGCAAUUCCCCGAGUGCAUUAUUUGUGGCGUCUGAUGGUGUCAGCUUACGGAUGUACCAGGCAGUCAUUGAUGCUAGGACACUACUGAUGGAGAUUGGGCCUCACAACAAGGAUUUGCCACAUAUGUUGAGCAUGUCCAGCAGUUACAGUAGCUCUGGUUACUCUGACACUCCACCCACCCCGGUAGCCCCCUCUGAUAUCUUCCGCAUCAUCAGCCUUCAGUCCACGUCACGGCCAGGCUGUAUCAUGGAACUAGAUGCCCUCUCCGAGGCGUGUCAGGACUGGCAACAGACACAGUUGCUUCAUGUGUUUCAAGAACAGCUGAUAGUGGGUCGCCAUAGCAACAAAACAAACCACACCCAACCUCCCUCCCUGGAGCCAAUGGUUGAUCUUCACAACAUGGCAUCGUUUGAUGAGCAGUUCUACCUGGUGGUGCUGGAGGGCUUGACAGAGGGAGGAUCUAUGUUACACAUGUGGAAGAUCAUCAUCUCUUCCCAGCCUACGCACACUGACGCGAAGGACCCGAUGGCUGGCUAUGUACCAGAUGCCACGCUCAUCCAGGAGGAUUACGACUCUAGCCCAUCUUCCCGCAGCAACACCCCAGACCUCCCCCAGCCAGAGCUGGGCCACACCCGCCAAGUCAGCUGUGUCAAGCUCUGCCUCACCACCACCAAGGUGAGCUCCCAGAAGCUGCCAUUAUAUCCAGGUGUCAGUGUCGUCUACGCUACAGUUGCCGCUGGUCACCUUAGCUCCUCCUCAAUCUACCCUGCGUGCUACGCCCCAUACCUGCUAUCCACAGCCUGCUCUGAUGGCAAGGUGCGCUUCUGGCGCUGUGAUGUGCUUGGACGCGAAGUGUCUCAGGUGAACAUGGAGGUGGGGCCAGAUGACCUGUCAGUCAUGUCGUCGUCGUAUAACUAUGAGAUGACGAUAUCUGAUGUGAGUGGAGAGAGGCCAAGUUUGACCCACUUCACCCAGUCUCUGGUGCUGGACAAGACAUAUGAGUGGAAGGAGUGGGACAUGGUCAUUCCCAGAGAGGAAUCCAGCACUAUACGUGUGCAAGGACGGCCCAUCUGUGUAAGUUGUGCAUACAGCGGGCGUGUGGCGGUGGCUUACCGCUACGGGAACAUUCGGGCCAUGGCUGACAACCCUGACAAUAAGUUUGUGAAUCUGUGUGUGGCUAUCUAUGAGUGUGAGUCUACAGGUGGCUCAGAGUGGACAUUAGAAGAUACCAUAGAGCUAAAGAACAUCAGUAUCCCUGACCCAGGGGCAGAAAUUGACCUCAGCAUGAUCACCCCAACGGAGCCGGAACGACCACCCCCAACUGACAACCGGCUGAGCUUCACGCCAAAAGUCUCCCGAACAAAGUCCAUUCCCAGUCUGAGCACGAUCCAGAGUGUACGGCGCUCCAUCAAUGAGCAGGGCAACAAAACAGGGGCAUUAGUUCAAAAACACCUGGUACAGUUAGACUGGGUGUCCACGGAGGACGGCUCCCAUGUCCUCACAGUGGGCGUCGGCUCCAAGAUUAUCAUGUAUUCUCAGGUGUCCAACGAAAUUGCUCAAGUGUGUCACAGAGAGGGGCGGAGCACAGCAGUUGAUGGAGGCGGGGCCAGCCGACCCCCGCAGGCUCGCGGCCGCCCAAUGCUGCAAAAGUCCAAGACCAUGGUGGUGGAAGACACACCUGAGGAGAUCCGUUGGAUGAAGUUGAGGACGAUUGACCUGGGGACAGCAGAUGGCCUUCCCUCUCUGCCCAUGCACAUGUCUUGGGUCAGGUCAGGCAUCCUGGUGGUGGGCAUGGAUAAUGAGAUGCACGUCUAUUCCCAGUGGAAAAGCCCUGACGUCUUGCUAGAGGCCAUGAGCUCAGAGAGUAGCACGGGGCUGCAGGACAGAAGAAACCUGACUGAUCACAGCCUGUCUUCUCUGGUGAAUGGGCCAGUUCCCUCAGCACCUCUGAACUCUUUCAAGCAGCCCACAACCUUCAAGACAUCGCAGUCCAUGCCAGGUCUAAAGUAUGCUGCCAUGAUGUCUGUAGGAGGAAAGAAAAAAGACCUGUCUUCCCGGAAAGGGACACUGGCAAAAAGUGAGAGCACGACAAGUCUGUCAUUGAUCAGUGAGUCGGGACUGUUUGAGGCAGCUCACAGGGCUAAUCCUGUCCUACCACAGUACCAUCCCAAACAGCUCAUGGAGUUACUGAACUUUGGCAAGGUCAAGAGAGUAAAAGCUAUUCUAGCCCACCUUGUGCGGUGUAUUGCAGGGAAUGACGCCUAUCAGACAACUUAUCAUGACGAACUUGAUUCGCAGGAAUCGCGCAGCCGUGCGCUUCACCGGCAGCGCACCAUGUCAGUGUCAGGAACCACCGCUCCAGAGUUAGCGGGUGACUUUGAACCUGCGCUGGAUUACGUGGAGAUUUCCUCCAUUCCUCCACUGCCUAUUCACGCUCUUCUCGCGGCAGACAGUGACACGGCCUACAAGGCAGAGUUAAGUCCGUCGGGCAGGCAGAAAUCCACCCAGCAGGACUACAGCGACUUGUUUGCCACAAACUUUCAGGAUGAUGACAUGGAUGACCCGUUCUCAGACGACAGCUCUGUGUAUGACCCCAGCACUCCUGUCAGGGGCAGGCAGUUAUCAGGUAGUGGUGGCUGGGACAUGAACUAUUUUGGGCCUGCUCAGGGGAGAUUACUGGCCAAACAUCUGACUUACACUCACUUGCCAGGACUGUCCAGCCUUGACCAGAUGUACUUAUUAGCCCUGGGUGACACAGUGGCCAACACAAAAACAGAUUUUAAUGACAGAUUUGCCAUGGAAACUGCCAAAGCCCAUGUGCUAACCGAACAGUCAACCCAAACAGCAGAAUCCAUGGAUGACUGUGGCUUACGCUUCAUGUUGGCCAUGAGACAUCACAUCUACCUAGUGAGGACCUUACCCCCCAGACAGAGGGUGAUGCUAAGACAGCAGGGCCUCAAGAUGUUCAACAUUGUCUGGGCUUUCCACUCCGAGGCCACAGAGGAAUUACUAGCCCUUAUUCCGAGCAUGCAGAAAGGGGCACCAACAUGGGAGGAGCUUAGACAGUUUGGAGCGGGUUGGUGGGUGUACAACAUCAACAUUCUCAAAACCACCAUAGAAAAGGUGGCCAAGGCAGCAUUUCAAGCUAACAGUGACCCCCUCGAUGCAGCAGUCUUUUACCUAGCCCUGAAGAAAAAGAAUGUGUUAUGGGGACUUUUUAGAUCUGUCAGUGACAAACGUAUGUCAGACUUUUUCCGGAACAAUUUCCAAGAGGAUCGGUGGAGAAAAGCUGCGUUGAAGAAUGCCUUUGCUCUUCUGGGACGCCAGCGGUUCAUGCAUGCGGCGGCAUUCUUCCUGCUGGCUGGAGCGCUGCAUGACGCUGUGGAGGUUUGUACAGAGAAACUGAAGGAUGUCCAGCUGGCUUUGGUGAUCUGUCGUCUCCAUGACAACGAUGACCCUUUACCAAAUAGUGUGAAGACGAUUCUGUACGAGAAGGUGUUGGGUUGUGACAGCAAUGGCCAAAACUACAACCCAUGUCGAGCCCAUCCUGACCCAUUCCUCCGCAGCAUGGGACUGUGGCUUCUGAAGGACUACACCAGUGCUCUGAACACACUCCUACAAACAGGGAUCGGACAGAGCCACCUUGUGGAGGAUGAGGACAUUGACACAGUGUCGACAAGCCCAAAUGUGUUCAACUUUUAUAAUUACCUGAGGACCCAUCCUCUUUUGGUGAGACAGAGGCUAGCCACGAUGGCUCAGGAAAGAAAGAAGGUCCUGGUGAUCCUCUCUGGCUUCUCGCACGCUGACGCCAAUCAACAGGCCGACAAGGGAGUUAACCACAUUGAUAAGAUCACACCCCUGGAGAGACGCCUCUUCUUCCAGACUGCCCACAUGCACUUCAAGGCUGGGUGCCCUGCACUGGCCCUGGAGGUGCUCUCUAAACUACCCUCUGUCGUUGUGUCUGAGGAAGAUGAGGAUGGGGAGGUAGAUGAUAAGUCUUUUGUGGAGACAAAAGGAGAGCGCUGCAUUGAGACUGGCACCAUUAAUGAAUAUGAUGACAAACCUAUAGUGAACGGUUUCCACAAAGCCAAUGAUUUUGAUUGGAGCCAGUCAUCGUCAGCAUUGGAUUGGAGCCAACCAGUAUCCGCCACCAAUAUGGACUCCGCUUCUGCCAUUGACUGGAGCCAGCCUCUUACUUCACGCUUUGAUGGUAAACUUGACCUUGACCUCGACCUCGACCUUGGGUCUGACAAAGAUGCCAGCGAGGAGGACAACUCCAGUGACAUAACGCGUGAUACUUCCGUGAUUGUACAUCCGUCACGUAGUGUGUGUCCACAGAGAGAAGACAGCAUGGCCUCGGGUUCAGUGGGUGCGGAGGAUUUGACAGAAGACGAGGCUCGUGCAGGUGACUUUGAUAUCAUGGCUCAGCAGUAUAAGUUUAUUGCUUGUCUGAAGAUCCUAAUGGAGGAACUAACCACUCUGGCUACUGGCUUUGAAGUGGAUGGAGGUCAGUUACGCUACCAGCUGUACAUCUGGCUAGAGAGAGAGGUGGAGGCACUCAAACUGUUGUGUAACUACAGACAAGAGCUGACGGAUGAGGAGGAGACAAAAGCAGAGGUUGCCGACAAGGCACUUGAUGACAGUUUGGACAUGCAUGUAUCUGGUCACAUGCAGCGAUCUCUCAGUAUCCGUGAGACGACCCACAAGCCCACACUGCAUGAGGUCAUCAUGGCAGAAACCAUGAACUUCGAGGCUAAGUUAGAACGUAUGUCGCGACGUCGGCAGUGGCUUCAUAACAACCAGCAGCUGCUACGCACGUUGAUCAGCUACUGCAUCCUGCAGGGGUCUGGGGGUGGGGGUUUGGCGUCCAUACGCAUGGAGCUGAUUCUGCUUCUCCAGGAAUUACAGCAGGUGAAGCCUCAACAACAGCUACUGUCCCCGCUACCCUUCCCCACCACCCUGCCUCUGCUCUCGGCCAGUAUCGCUAGCUCCAAGACAGUCAUCGCUGACCCCAUCAAGCACCUGCAGGGUAUGAUUCAGGACCUGUUGCACACCAUCGUGGAGUUCACUGUGCCUCCGUGCCACCACUACAUGUCGGAGGCGGUGUUGUUGUUGCGUAACCUCAGUGUAGCGCUCUCCUCAUGUAUCUACCAGUGUCUCUGUGACAGUGACAGUUUUGUGGUCUCUAUGGCUGACCUUGAUGUGGCCAUGGAAGGAUUCACAAGUCACAGUGUGAUUUAUCAGGGGGGACACUUAAUGGCUGGAGUACGACACAAGAGAAGGACCAGUUCUACCGAGGAGAUCAUUAAUACUCCCCCGGGCAAAUGGCCAGGUGUUGGCUCGUUGAGAGUUUUACUUGCCAGGGAGAAAGACGAUGAUGCCCCCAAACUGACAGUGCUGUUAUCCGAGGCCCUGGUAGGGGUUUACAUCAGUCUCCUGAUUAACGCCAUGGCAGCGUAUGAUGCCCACAUGUUGUACCGCCUUAUCUCACACAAGUUCACAGUACAGAUGUGGGCUGCCCUGUUUGGAGGGGGAGUAAAGACUCUUCUCAAGGUGGCCAAUACGCCUUCACAUCAAAAACCUUCUGAUGAUCUUGCCAAACAGAGAAUGAAACUGAACAUGAAGAUAAUGGGCAAUGUACCAGUCAGCACACAGAAACACGAGAGUAAGAGGACUUUCAAGGAGAAAUUUGUCCCUCCAGAACUCAGCAUGGUCACCUACUUCAUGACCAAGCCUUUCCAGUCCUCCACAGAUAUGGGUGUAGAGUAUGACUCAGAGGAGACAUUAUCCUCAGAGGACAAUGAUAGUGAUUUGGGUGAUGCUGAUGAUCGCUACAGACCUCGCACAAUGUCUGUGGAAGCCGUACAGGAGCACAUAGACCCUAGCUCUUACAGCUGGUGUCUGAUACGCUUUGCCAUUAUUCAGCUAGUUCUGCACAACCUCAACACCUUCCUGCCUCUGGUGGGGAUUGAACUACAAGAUUUACCAGUGUGCUCUCCCUUGCUCCAUGCAGUGUUGAAGACUCUAGAACAAUGGCAGGAAAUGCUGAAGAGUAAACUGGACAUGUUUAAUGGUCCCCCUGAUAAUUAUAUACCUGAUAUGUACCUGGAAGGUUAUGGCAAUCAGCCAUUUGCUAAAUACAGAGCCCUUCUGGAGCCACAUAACACACCCUUUGUAAACCAGCAUGCAUCUUUACCCGUGCGGCGCCUCUGGCAUCAGCUGAUACGACAGGAGAGUUUACAGGACAUCUUUAUCAGAUACAUCUUCAAGAAAAAGAGAGCGCCGGAAGAUUCACUGGAUGCUGUGAGGGAUGGAGACUCGGACACAUCUGAACCUCCCAAAGAGCAAGACCCUGUCAAAAUCAUCCACAAAGAACAAGACAUCAUUAGUGCCUUUACAAUAAACCAGGCUAAUCCAAACUGUAUAUCCCUGUCCACUCAAAAAGAGCUGGUAGAGUUGGACAUCUCCUCAAUACUGGAUCCUCCUGCAUGGCUGGAUGAUGAUACAGAGUAUGACAUCGAACUCAUGAGAAAGCAGAGUAUCGGGGAUGAGACGAGCGACUUCCUGGUGAUCCAGGUACCCCAGGAUCGUAAACAGUCCCUCACCCCCCAAUCCCAGUUUGGCUCCCAGAUGUCCAUCUCCAGUGUGCCCCAGAGCGGCCUGCAGUACUCCCAAUCUGGCCGGGGAGCUAGUGUGGUGAAGGGCAUCAGUAGACCAGGUGUGUCAAACCCUCCAUUAACUAGCUACAUCCUAGAUAGGAGCUCACGCCUGAUCCGACUGAUAAUCAGACGUCCCGUGAUAGGUGUUCGUCGAAUCGCCUCGCAUCCUCAUUUACCACAUUACCUGACAGGCAGUGCUGAUGGCAGCGUAAGGAUGUGGGAGUGGGGACAUGGUCAGUCACUGACCACCCUCAGGCAGCCUGGAUCCUUCCCCAAGGUGACCAAAGUCCUCUACAACACCCAGGGCAACAAGUGUUGUGUGAGUGACGCAGAAGGUUCUGUGUGUCUCUGGCAGGUUGGACCAGGCAGCAACUUCAACAAACCAAUUAUGAGUUUGCCAUGUCACAACAAGACGACGAGUGACUUUGCCUUCGUUGGUUCCUCCAGCAUGUUGGUGACGGCAGGUCAUUCCUCAGAGAGUAAGAACGUCUGUCUGUGGGACACUCUACUCCCGCCCAGGAGCUGUUUGGUUCAUGCGUUCACAUGUCAUGAGCAUGGCAGUCCGGCUUUGUUGUAUGCUCCUCAGCACCAGGUGGUCAUCAGUGGAGGGAGGAAGGGAGAAAUCUGUAUUUUUGACAUCAGACAGCGACAGAUGCGACACACAUUCCAGGCUCAUGAGGGACCAAUAAAAUGCCUGGCUUUAGACCCAGAGGAAGAGUACUUUAUCACUGGAUCUGCAGAGGGAGAUAUUAAGGUCUGGGGACUGGAUAUCCAUCAACUGAUUCACUCUUUUGUUGGAGAACACAGUAAGAACACAUUUUUUAGGAAUAUGGGAUCAGCAGCUGGGGUGACCCAGAUAGCUGUGGGUCCCAAUCACCAUCUCUUCUCUUGUGGGGUGGAUGGCUCCAUGAAAUUCCGACAGAUACCUGAAAAGGACAUUGUUGUUCACCAGUGGGGUGCAUGAGAAUAACACAUGUCAAAGUCCUUUCACAAGUGGGUCAAGGUCACCAGAGUUGUAAGUUUUUGACCUUGAAUAGAUCCAAAGGUCAUAACUGCUGUCUAUUAACGAUGCCAUGUGAUUAACUAACCCAGACCUUAUUUUAAUUAGUAGUUCAAAGGCAAACCCAGAUGAAAGUUUUGCAUCCUGUACAAUGUGCAAAGAGUGUGAAAAGAAGAUGUACACUAAAAUGGGCAAUAGAGUGAUGUGGUACAAACAGUGAAUAAAUUUCAUCAAAGAAUUAUGCCAGUAAAUUCUAGUUACAUGUACUUAACAAUUUAUCUCCCAAUAGAGCUGAAACAAGUGCAUCAUCUAAAUUAUUUGAAAUUAAUAUAUUAGGAGUGGAUGUUAGAUGCAUCCUGCUAUCUUUGUGGGCUGGAGAUGCUGCCAGUUGUUGUUGUUGUUGUGAGGAUACUGCACUGUUGGUUUUGAUUUUUAUGUUUGUCUUGAUAUUUAUUGUACAGUUUAUGGCAGAGUAAAGGACGCAGUAUGACAAAGUACUGACUUGCGCUAUAGUUCACAAAGAUUCUUUGACCAUUCAAUAAGAUGUUAUUGCUUGGUCUUGGCAACCGGCAUGUUAAAAAGGUAUUUGUCAGGAAAAUCUGAUACUAUCACCUGCUCAUGACGCAUCAUGUUACCUGAAGGUGAAUAGGGUGAGGUGUAGGAUGCUGCUAAGAAAGCCGUUGGAUAAAUGACUGAAGAACGAUUGUAAUGUGGAAAUCAAGAUUAAUAAAACACUAUCAUCGGGUGUGAAUAAUUGAUCCAGGCAUAAUUGAAUGUACAUUCUAUGAAAAGUUUGGUACGUUAUCAUUUAUUGAUAUAAAUAUACGUUUUAAAUAUACCAAAAUAAAUGUCACUGAUCCAUGACAUACAUUUAUGAAGGAUUUAAUUUCAGUGCCUGUUAAAUACAAGCACAUUUAGGAAAAAGGAAAAAUAAGUGCAUAGGGCAUUUCAGGUCAGGGUUUGCUGAGCAGUUCUUGAACUCAACUUGAUAAAAAAAAAGUCCUUGGUAAUUUGGUUGACUGUUACUCUGUUGAUACAAGUCAUUACCUGUGAUAUGAAACCUUGUUGUUUUGUUCGCACAACAGGUGGUAUUCACACUGUGCGAUGUUUUUGGUUGUGAUAUUUAGUUGAGCUUUGUCUAUAAAUUGCAGUUGUGCAUGUAGAUAAGCAUUAAAAUAAAGCUGUUAUGUGACUGUGCUGUAGCUGAAGUUGUUGGUUUGUUUAUGUAUACACAUAAGUAUUCACACCAACUAAAUAUAUUCAAGAUGGCUGCUUCUAGUGACCUUUAGCUUAGCACAGAUAUGGGAAUUUUUAACACAACCAACCAGGUAACCUGUUACAGUGGUCCGUGUGCCACAUAGGCGUACCUCUCUCUGCAUAAGUGUUGCCUUUGAAAAAAUGUAGGUUAAAGAUGUAAAUUUCUGUUGGUUCCAGUUAUCAUUCUACCUAAAGCAUUACUUCUGAUAGAUUGACCAGUUAAUGCAUAAAGCUUUGACAUUGUCCAUGAUGUUAAUUCCACAGAAGACUGGUUUCUGAUAUUCCCCGAAAGCAAAUUUCAAUUUGAAAUCAACAUUAAUUGAAUUUUGACAAAAAACAAUCUCUACUCUGGUAAGAUUGUUACAAUUGUUACACAUGUACACAUCAAAGGUAGAUAUAUGUGUAUAGCAGUGUCACCUUGAUGCAGCUGUAAACUAGUCAGGCAGUCAACACCUUGUGUUUACCACUGUCAUAAAUGCACAACUUACUUGUGAACUUCAUUAUUUUCAUUUUGUAUAUAAUUACCAACUAUGUUUGUGAUUGUUUAUGUUAUAGAAUACUGUUUCAUGAAAGCUGAAAGUGUGGAUACAGGCAUUAGUUAAUGAUAUUUAUACAUUAUGUCAUAUUAUAUCACAUGUGUAUGUACAUGUAUGUAUGUAUGUAUGUAAAUAUAGAAAUGUAAAAUAAAUCUUGUCAUAGAUAGACCAUUGGUGAAUAUAUUCAUCCUUGUAGCAGUUGAUAAGCCCUACUCACCUCCUUCCCCAUCGGUGGUUGUAUGUUAGGGUUUGUUUCAUUUUGAAGAUUAUCCAGGGUAAAUUCAAGCAUAAUCAAUGAAGGGUUGACCGAAAUACAUUGUACGUAGUCGUAUGUAGAUUUUAGACAUCAGUUGCAAAACUCUUAUUCCACUUUCUAAAUCCGUCUAUAUUAGGAAGAUUAAUUGUACAAUUUACUUCUAAUUCUUUUGUCAUGAGUACUUAAGCGUUUCCAUAUGUACUUUCGUGUCCUCUGUCAUAUGUACAAUGUUUUGUACAAUCUUUCUCUUAAAACAUCCAGGAAGGGUAUCCAGUUGUAUUCUGAUUGUCCUAACGGCGUGUUUUGAUAUUAUUGUAUCCCUAACCUCCUCAAGUAUUUAUCAUUCUUUUAUUCCUGAAAACGUAUAGUUUAAAUCUAUCAAGCAAUGGCAACUGCCAUCUUAAGUAAUGUGGCAUGCCUGCAUGUGGCAUUAAACCAAGUUGGGUGGUUUAGUUUUGGUACUCCAGUUUUCUCACAUUUGGCCGCUGUUGUAUAAUUGAGAAAGCCGAGAGUAGCUUAAGCCGCUCAAAUAAAUGCAUGCCCAUUGUAUCAUUUUGUAAUAUGAGUUGGUUAAAUGCCUCUCAUGCCGUUUGCGGCUGGCUCAUUUAACGCUUGCACUGGCAUCAGUUUUGGUUGGUGCGUCACUUUGUGGUACUAUUAUCUGCCCUUUUGGUUGCCGCUGCUUCACUGUGUGCUCUCAUUCCACUCUGAUAUUGUUGCUUCACUCAAUAAUGCUGGUGCUUCCCUCCUGCUACAGCUGCCUGGAAACAUGGUUGUAUCAAUCAUGUUGCUACAGUGUUGCUGCACCAUGAAGCCAUGAAUCGUGCAAUAUUAGACACAAGAAACAUGCAAGUAGGGUGAAUAGAUACAUGUAUAUAUAGCUGAUUUUAUUCAUAUUUGUGAUAUUUUAAUUAUUGAUUUUACGUGUCAUAAUGUUUGUUUUAGUUCUCCAGGUUACUUCGUGAGACGAUCUCGUAUGGUGUACUGUACAUAUUGAUUCUGUAUGUGUUAAAAUUAAUAUCGAAGUAAUAAAGAUUGGCAGUCAUUUCCC